UUUGGAUCGAUUGAAAGCUGCAUAGUACUUCCUUGCACUUCAAAGUUUAGCACAGAUUUUGCGGUACUGCUGUCAUUUACAUCUGUUUUAUCUUGAUUUCAAGGAAUGGGAAGGAAAUCGUACCUGCUAGGCCUCUUGGGGCUACUUCUUAUUUCUUCUUUUUGUUUGGCAGAAGAAGAAAAGACAGAAGAACCAACAGAGACAGAACCACCCACAGUAGAUGAAGAUGUUGGAAAAAGUAGAGAUGGAUCCAAGACAGAUGAUGAAGCUGUUCAGAGGGAGGAGGAAGCUAUCAAACUGGAUGGUUUGAAUGUGGCUCAGAUGAAAGAACUUAGAGAGAAGGCUGAGAAACACACUUUCCAAGCUGAAGUUAGCCGAAUGAUGAAGCUGAUUAUCAAUUCUCUGUACAGAAAUAAGGAGAUUUUCUUGAGAGAACUUAUUUCCAAUUCUUCUGAUGCAUUGGACAAGAUCAGAUUUUUGUCACUUACGGACAAGUCAGCCCUUGCAGCCACAGAGGAACUGUCAAUUAAGAUCAAAGCUGAUAAGGAGAACAACAUCCUUCAUGUUACUGAUACUGGCAUUGGUAUGACAAAAGAUGAUCUGGUCAAAAACCUGGGUACCAUUGCCAAGUCAGGAACAAGCGAGUUUUUCCAGAAGAUGUCGGACGCUCAGUCUAGUGAUCAGGCAAGUGAUCUUAUCGGUCAGUUUGGUGUGGGAUUUUACUCGACUUUCCUUGUUGCCGACCGUGUGAUUGUAACAUCCAAGCACAAUGAUGACAAGCAGUACAUUUGGGAGUCUGAUGCAGCUUCCUUCAGCAUCACAGAGGAUCCUAGGGGUGACACCCUGAAGAGGGGAACAACUGUCAGCCUUCACUUAAAAGAAGAAGCUCGCGAUUUCCUUGAGCCCGACACCAUCAAAGACCUUGUCAAGAAGUACAGUCAGUUCAUCAACUUCAACAUUUACCUGUGGACCAGCAAGACUGAGGAAGUAGAGGAACCAGUUGAGGAGGAAGCUGCAGAAGACAAGAAAGCUGAUGAAGCUGCGGAAGAUAAGAAAGAUGAAGAGAAGGAAGAGGAGAAGAAAGAUGAAGACAAAGAAAAGGAAGACAAGGAUGAUGAUGCAGAGGUGGAGGAGGAAUCAGAGGAAAAGGAGAAGAAACCAAAGACUAAAAAGGUGGAAAAGACUACCUGGGACUGGGAACUUAUUAACACAAACAAACCCAUCUGGAGCCGAAAACCCAAAGAUGUCAAAGAUGAAGAAUACAAUGAAUUUUACAAAUCGUUCACUAAGGAUCAUGAUGAGCCUCUUGCCAAGACCCACUUUGUUGCUGAGGGUGAAGUCACGUUCCGUUCAAUCCUCUAUGUGCCAAAAUCCGCCCCAAACAACCUUUUCUCUGAAUAUGGCAAGAAGAUGGAUCAGAUUAAGCUGUAUGUGCGACGUGUCUUCAUCACUGACAACUUUGAAGAUAUGAUGCCCAAGUAUCUUUCCUUCAUCCGUGGUGUUGUGGAUUCUGAUGACCUGCCUCUCAACGUCAGUCGUGAAAAUCUUCAACAGCACAAACUUCUGAAGGUGAUCAAGAAGAAGCUUGUACGAAAGGCUCUGGACAUGAUCAAGAAGAUCCCCAAGGAAGAAUACAUGGAUAAAUUCUGGAAGGAAUUCAGCACAAGCAUCAAGUUAGGUGUGAUGGAGGACCACUCCAACAGAACCAGAUUGGCCAAAUUGCUCCGAUUCUUUUCUUCUAAUUCUGAGAAGGACAUGACAAGCCUGGCUGAUUAUCUUGAGAGGAUGAAGGAAAAACAAGACGCAAUCUAUUUCAUGGCAGGAACCAGCCGAAAGGAGGUUGAAAGCUCUCCAUUUGUGGAACGUCUGCUCAAGAAGGGUUAUGAAGUGCUCUACUUAAUUGAGCCAGUUGAUGAAUACUGCAUCCAGAGUCUGCCCGAGUUUGAAGGCAAGAAAUUCCAAAAUGUAGCCAAGGAAGGUUUGAAGAUCGGAGAAGAAUCAGAGAAACAGAAGAAGAAGCUAGAAGCCUUAGAGAGCACAUACGAGCCUCUGCUAAAAUGGCUGAAGGAGGACGCUUUGAAAGAUCUGAUUGAGAAGGCUGCCGUCUCACAGCGAUUGGAUGAGUCACCCUGUGCUCUUGUUGCCAGCUCUUAUGGUUGGUCUGGAAACAUGGAACGAAUUAUGAGGUCGCAGGCUUAUGCCAAGAGAGAAGACCCAAGUAAUGAAUAUUAUGCCAACCAAAAGAGAACAUUGGAGGUUAACCCAAGACAUCCAUUGGUCAAGGAGCUUCUGAAAAGAGUGGAAACUGACAAAGAGGAUAAAACUGCUAAAGAUCUUGCCCGUGUGCUCUUUGAAACUGCUACUUUGAGAUCUGGAUACAUGGUCAAGGACUCCCAGGACUUCGCUGGACGUAUCGAACGCAUGCUUCGUCUUAGCAUGGGAGUAGACCUGGAAGCCAUGGUGGAACCCGAGGAGGAAGAGGCCGAGGAGAAGGAGGAAGAAGACAAGGAUGCAGAAGAGGUUGAUGCAGAGGGAGACAAAGAUGAGGAGAAGACAGAGGAGGAAUCAGCAGCCAGCGAAGAGACAACAUCAGAAGGAGAGACAAAGACAGAGGAGAAGGAAGAUGAAGUGGAGGGAGAAUCAAAAGAAGCCCCGGCUGAAGCAAAGGACGAACUUUAACCACUAAAAGAAUACUUAACUUUGUUAGACGUUAUUACAGUUUGGAUGCGUUCGAGAGAUGGUGCUGUUUGUCGCGGUUGUACAAAAAUAUGGCGGCCUAAGCCUCUUCGGAAUGAGUAUAUUUAUAAGAAAGAUGUCAGAUUUUCGGGAAAAAUAUAUUGGAGAUGCUUUUUUUUGUAAGCUGCUUCAUGUUUUUGUUUCACCAAGUCACUUAGAAUCUUGUAAUUUCGUAUACAAAAACAAUAAAAUCGGCGUUACAAAAGAUAGAUCUUUUCCCUGAACCUCUACUGAAGUUGAUUCCCUUGUCUGUGCGUGCCACCUUAUUGGUUAAAUUUCUUGUGCUGUGAAUUGCAUUCUUGAAAAGAAUAGUUUUAGACAAGGUUAAUAAAAAUUCAUUUAUAUGAAA